UUAGUCUGGACAAAUAUGGAAAAGCACAGAAUACCGUUUCACUAUUUUCCAGGAGUGUCUUCGCGCGUCCCGGAGAUCAUGGCGGCCGGCACCCACUCCCCUGGAGGGCCCAAUGGGAUCAUACGGAGCCAGUCGUUCGCUGGAUUCAGCACGUUGCAGGAGCGGCGCUCUCGCUGUAACUCGUUCAUUGGGAACUCCGCGGUGCCGAAGAAGCCUCAGUCGAAGCCCAAGAAGCCCCACCUAUCUGGCCAAAAAGGCAGCAGCAGCUCCAGGGAGCCGCAGCCCAAACGACUGGAGGAGGUCUACACGGCUCUCAAACAAGGCUUGGAUGAAUAUCUUGAAGUUCAUCAGACGGAGCUGGAUAAACUCACAUCUCUGAUGAAAGACAUGAAGAGGAACUCUCGCCUGGGAGUGCUGUAUGAUCUCGACAAGCAAAUCAAAAGCAUUGAGAGGUACAUGAGGCGCCUCGAGUUUCACAUCAGCAAGGUGGAUGAGCUGUACGAAGCUUUCUGUAUCCAGAGCCGCCUGAAGGACGGUGCCAUCAGGAUGAAGCAGGCCUUCUCCUCCUCUCCCUCCACCAAAGGCACCAAAGAGAGCAUCGCAGAGGUCAACCGCCGGUACAAGGAGUACACCGAGAACAUGAGUGCUUUUGAGAGCGAACUGGAGAAUCUGCUUGGGGAGUUUCACAUCAAAAUGAAAGGAUUGGCAGGCUUUGCUAGGCUCUGUCCUGGAGACCAAUAUGAGAUUUUCAUGCGGUACGGUCGGCAGCGCUGGAAGCUGAAGGGGAGAAUCGAAGUGAACUCCAGGCAAAGCUGGGACGGAGACGAGAUGGUCUUCAUGCCCCUCAUCUCCGAUCUCAUCAACAUCAAGGUGACCGAGCUGAAGGGUUUGGCCACUCACAUGCUGGUGGGCAGCGUCAUCUGUGAAACCAAGGAGCUGUUCACAGCCAUGCCCCAGGUGGUGGCUGUGGAUGUCAAUGACCUGGGAACAAUCAAGCUCAACCUGGAGGUGACGUGGUACCCCUUCGAUGUUGAAGACCUGACUCUGUCAUCGGGCAACUUGAGCAAAGCUGCAGCCCUCCAGAGACGAGUAUCUGUCUACAGCCAGGGUACUCCGGAGACCCCCACCUUCCAGGACAGCUCCUUCUUUUCGACUUUACCGGACGACAUCUUUGAGAAUGGUGGCUGCGGUGUGGCCGAGUGCAAACGUCUGUCCUUCACCUUCUCUGACACAUCGGGGUCUUCGCCCAGCCCCGCCCAGAGCUCCUUCUCCCAGAGCCAGUCCAACCCCGAGAUCACCGUCACUCCUCCAGACACAGAUUCGUUACCCACCCCCAUCCUGCAGACCAUGGAGGACUCCAUUGCAGAGGAGCAUCUAGAGGAGGAAGAGGAAGAGGAGGACGAGGAGGAGGAAGUGUACGAGGAGGACGGGGAAACGGGAAGCAGAGGGAGCAGGAACAGUGCCAGCCUUGCCAGCGACGAAGCCGACGUCGCCGACUCGGAGUGGGAGCGCACCGAGUCCCAGCGCAACUCCAUCUCCAACUGCGGCUCGGCCGCGCCGUCGCUGUGCUCUGAUGGACACCUGUCCACCGUGGCGCCCGAGGACGUCUUCCUGGACCACGCCGACGAACUGAAGCCAGUGGAGCUGGACACGGAGGAGCCGGGCAACCUGACCAGGCAGCUUGUGAAGAGGCUGACGUCGUCAGAAAUCGUCUCACCUGCCGGAAGCUCGACUGAAGGCGGGGGGAGUCUGGGCUGGGCGGGGGAGGGGAGCAGGGCUUUCCUGGAGAGCAGCCUGGAGGAAGCCAUCCACAACCUGCUGACCAAGCUGGAGUCGCUGACCCAUCGCUGCAGGGAGCUGCAAGACCUGGAGCAGGAAGUGAUGCGCCUGGAGGACCUGCUCAAGUGUCGCCUGCCGGGUCACAGAAGCCGGUCGUCCAGCCUCAGCCUGACGGUGGAGAGCGCCCUGGAGAGCUUCGACUUCCUCAACACGUCUGACUUUGAUGACGACGACACCGGAGACGACAACACCGGCAUCUGCAGCCUCCCGCAGAAAUCUCCACCUUUAGAUGCAGACCCAGAAAGGAUUGAAAGCCAGCAUCAGGAGGCCAGAGGUCACCUGAGUGAAGCCCUGACAGAGGACACCGGGGUUGGAAACAGCGUGGCAGGAAGUCCGAUGCCGCUCACCACUGGAAAUGAAAACCUGGAUGUAGCCAUCGUCAUCCACCUCCAGUACUGCAUUCACCUCAUCCAGAUGCUGACCAGCGGGAUGGGUGUGUGGCAGCGACGCGGUGUUCUCCUCAAACUGUCGGGACAGACGCAGCUGCUGGAGGAGCUGGCAGAGAUCAGCGUUGACAGGCUCGGAGGCGUCACCUCGGCUGCCGACGUUCUCCCAAGCCUUGCGGAGCGCCCGCAGCUGAUGACUCUGUGGUCAGAGUGCAGCGGCUCUGCGGGGCUUUUCCACACUACGCUGGACCGAGUUUUCAAACACAUGAACCAGCGCUACUCAGCAGUGCUGCAGGAGAGACACCCACACAGCGCUGACGCAGUGAUUGGCAUGGUUGUGGGUGAGAUGGUGGACAGGAGUGACCUGGCUGCAGCGCACGGCCCUCCUGCUGCGGCGCUGUCCCGGGACGUCCUGACUGUGUUUCAGUUCCACAACUACAUCCUGCAGCACGACGUUCAGGACAUGGAGACUCACCUGUUGCACCUGGCCAGAGAAGAGGUCUUUGCGGAGACCCUGUGCGGUGAUGAUUUCUCUCGGCGUCUGGCACAACUGGAGGAGGUGCCUUUGUCGACUCUCUGGCCUCGAAACGGCACCCUGAGGGCACUGGCCUCCCUGCUGACGGCAGAAGACCCCCAGGUCAACAAGGCAGCAGCCGACUACCUCUCCUCUGGAGCGUCAGACAGACACUUCAGGACCAGGGCCGUAGAGUACUACACCCAGGCGCUGUCGGAGGCUGGAGUUCAGAGCCAGAGGGCGGCCUGCUCGGCUCUCAGCUGUCUGCAGGCAGUGGAGAGCCUGAAAGCGGUCGUAGCGCUGUGUGAUUCAGCUGAUGAGGAGCUGCGCCAUGUCGCCAUAGAGACGCUGCUCACAUUUGGCGAGGAGGGCCGGCUGGCGUACGAGCAGCUGGACACUGUGGUCGGGGAUAUGAUCCGUCUGGGCACGCGGAGAGGAAACGCCGUCACCACCGCCUUCUGAACUAUCGAGCCGCUUGAAACCUAACAAACUGCCGAGGGACGACGUCGAGCUCCCCGAGCCGCUCUGCUUCUUCGUCUGACAGCAAGAAAAACCGAUUUAUGUUCGUAGCUGCCUCUUGAGAAGAACUAACACCAAACAGAUGGUCGUAACACACAACCUACACCCCUCCUGGAUCCGGACUUGGACUCUUUACUUUAAUAUGAGACGACCCCCAGCCCCCGCACUCCUCCUUUCUUAACUUGCUUUCUGAGCCAGGCAGGCCAAGUCUCGGGCUGAACUGGAAGCGAAGCUGGAACUUGACUGGACCCAAAGCUGCUGCUGCUGCUGCUGCACAGACUGUGGAUAUUCCUGGAAAGCAUCCUCUCCUUGGAAACAAGCACACACCAACCACAUCACUUACUGUUAAGGAAUCUGUUCAUAUCUACAGACCGACGUGUCGCUUAAAUUUUUCUGUGAUUUUUAAGUAAUUAAUGCAGCAUGUUUCAGUUGCGUUGCUUUUUAGGUGCUUUCAGAAGACAGCAUUAGUAAGCUUGUAAAUGCAGCAUCUUUUACACGGCUGGAAAAUACACCUGGUUGUGUUCGCAGUGUAACUUGAUUUGUGUUUUCUGGUACGUUCCAUUUGAUUUUCAGGGAUUUUGCAGAGGCUGAAAGACAUGUUGGUGGAAGAUGAUUUUUUAUUUUUUUUUUUAGCAGUAAGUGAAGUCAGAAAGCAGUUUACAGCCUUCUUUGUGACGAGAUGAAGCAGGGGCCCACUGUUCCACUCGCUCAGCAGUUUUAUGUCUGAGCCUUUUCACGCUUGCGGUUUAACAAGUGCAAUCUUUGUUUUGUACAUAUGAUUGUUUUCUUUUGCUUUCAUUUUCGUGCACCUCGUCGAUACGAGGAGCCCGCUGGAUGACGUCGGCUUCGACCACCUGAGCCUUGAUGAGGUCGAGGCGGCAGAUUCCACAGAAGCUCUUUUUGUAAAUGUUUUUUUUUUCUUUCUUCUUCUUCUUCCUGCCGGGCCAGGAGCCGCUGCAGAGUAUUAAAUCCAGCUCGGGAUUUCUAGAGAAGGCAUGUUUUAACAUCUGGAAAAAAAAAAAGG